AAAUAUUAAUGCGGCCUUCCAACAUGAAAAGGUUCUCCACCCAUGGCUUAACCUAUAUGGCCCUCAGAACCUUUUGCAAAAUGAGACCAUUUCCUCUAGAAAAACCUGGAAGAGAAAGCCAUUACCCACGGAGGCUGUUACCACGGUGACUGGCCUGCGCUGUGUUUUAAGGAGAGUCUGACUUUUCCGACAAUGUAGUUUGACAGGAACCACCGAGAGCGUUUGCGCAGAUGGAUCCUCGAUUCUCGACUCUGGAAAUCCACUGGCCUCUGGCUCUGAGACUCAAUUUCCCAGCAUUUCUACCUAGAUCAGGUUCGUUUCUAGUGCUGCGAGGCUCUUAAACUUGAGUUGCUAAGGCCCCGGGGAAUGCAGGCUGGCAACCGGAAGUGAACGGACCCAAAGCAGGGCUGGAAAUCGUAGUUCUCGGGAGCGUUGUCAUGGGCUCAGCGCCUCCAGGAUGGGGACCGCAGCGGCUCGGGGCGGAGAACCGGCGUCUCUGGGUCGGGGCGAAGAGGGUCAGCUGGAGAGGUAUAAAUUGGAUUCCUGAGUAGAAGUGCUUCAUCUAGCGACAGAAAUCCGCCCUAGGAUAAGAAGUACUCAUUGGAUCUUUAGGCGGUUUUAUUUCCAGGAGGAAGCAAGGACUUGAAAGAUGCUCAAUCAACUCUGAUAGCAGAUUCCCUACAAAGAAAACAUCCUAUUGACUCUGGAGUCGGAGGAAUCACUGACCAUUCCACCUAGGGAAAUCAGAACUUGAGUGGAAGCACCACAUCAGAGAACAGUGAGGGAGUGAUUCCUCAUGGAUAGUGUGACCCAUGUGCAUGAGAAACCCUACUUUCUCAGAACUCUUUUUUUUUCCCCAAGAAGGGUGCAUAGAAGAACAGGGAAUGGAUGCUGUGUUCCUGAUUGCCAAGUUCCAGGAAUUGGUGACUUUCAAGGAUGUGGCUGUGAACUUCACCCAGGAAGAGUGGAGGCAACUGAACUCUGCUCAGAGGGAUUUGUACAGGGAUGUGAUGUUGGAGAACUACAGAAACAUGAUCUCAUUGGGGCUUUCCAUUUCUAAACCUGAUGUGAUUCUCCAGUUGGAGCGAGGGGAAGAACCAUGGAUACUCAAUCUAAAGAGAACUGCAGAGAGAGAGAUCCCACAAUAUACUGAUUGGGAAAAUAGGCCUGAGAUCCAGGAGUCAACUCUAAAACAAAAUAGGUCUGAGGAAGCAAAAUCACCAGAGACAUUAAUGGGAAAACUCAGAGGUGACAUUCCUGUGGAACUCGUAUUUGGAAGAAUUCAUGUGCCUGAGAGCAAAUUGGAGGGGCAAAGGGGAGACAUUUCAGGGGAAACUUGGAAGAAAGCUUUUUCCCAAGAAAAAGGUUUCAGGCAAGUAACUAUGACUCACAAGAAAACUUCCAGUAGAGAGAGAGUCCAUGUAUGCAAUGAAUGUGGAAAAACUUUCAGACACCACUCAGCACUUGUUCGACAUCAUAUAGUUCACACAGGAGAGAAACCCUAUGUAUGUACUGAAUGUGGAAAAGCCUUCAGUCAGCACUCAGCCCUUAUUAGACAUCACAUAAUUCAUACUGGAGAGAAGCCCCAUAAAUGUCAUGAAUGUGGGAAAGCCUUCUUCAUCCGUUCUUCCCUAAUUCAACAUCAGAAAACUCAUACUGGAGACAAUCCCUAUGAAUGUAAGGAAUGUGGGAAAGCCUUCUUUGGUCUCUCAACCCUUACUCGACAUCAGAGGACUCACACUGGAGAAAAGCCCUAUGAAUGUGGUGAAUGUGGAAAAUGCUUCUUUGAUGGCUCAUCUCUCACACGACAUCAGAGAAUCCAUACUGGAGAGAAGCCCUAUGAAUGCAGUGUGUGCAGGAAAGUUUUCAGUAGCAAGUCAUCUGUCGUCCAACAUCAGCGACGACAUGCUGGCAAAUAAAUGAGGGCACGUAAUCAAUUUGGAGAAAUCUUUUGUCAAGGCCUGCCACUUUGUUAAAUUUCUAACAAUCACGUUGGAACCAGACAUUUCAUAAAGCUUUUUAAAAGAUCUCCUAUAUUAAAUCUAUCAUUUGAA